CCAAACAGUUAUUCACUGCUAAUGUUGCUAGAAUAAACAAAUAUGGCCGAUUUAUGGAAAAAUAUUGGUUAAUUUAAGAUCUUUGUUUGAAAAUAAAGCUUAUUAAAAACAGUUCAAACAGCCAUUAAAGAUGGGAGCGAAAAAGAAAGGCAAGAAGGGAAAGAAGGGUGGGAAAAAGGGGAAAAAGGGAGGAAAGAAAUCCAAGGAGCCCCAGAUGACUGCACAGGAGGCCAUUCUGGCUUAUCAAAUCAAUAUUGUAGAGAAGAAGCUGGAAGAUGUGAUGUAUGAGACCCGGGGUUGGGAGGAGAAAAACAAACGCCAUCUAGACAGGAAUGACAAGUUAAAGGAGGAGCAGGGUGUGUUGGUGCAGCACCUGUUGAAGCAGGCAAAAGAUUCGGACAAGCUGUUUGCAGGCGAGGAGAUCAAACACAAGGAUGAUGUAAUAGUAACAAUGCACGAGAAGUGGGACAGACAGAGACAGAGGGAGAAACAGCUAGAGGAUUUGAAGCGCACAAUAGCAGAGACAGAGGCAGAGAUUGUUCGGAUGCAGAAAGAAGUGGACUAUUGGACACGUUACAAGGAUGAGGGUCAGCAUGAUCACGCCACACUAAUACGCACGCUUGAACAGGAAGUGGACGACAUGACCACCAGCUUCAAUGAGAUGAAAGAGCCAAGACUUAUUGCAUUUUUCCACAGGCAUCUGGAUGGCAGUCUGGCCAAGACAAAAGAUGACAUAGAGAGAUACACGACUGAAAAAGUUGACCAGCAGAAACAUAGGGCUUCUGAGAAAGCCAUUAACCAGAUGGACAAAAUCAGCAGACAGGAGGUGCUCGAUAACGACUGGCUCAAACGAGAGGUAGAGAUUCACCGUCGGGAGACAGAUGACCUGCGAUAUGAAGUUGAAGAUAUGGAACGCGGGAACCUUGAGAUCAUGGCUGAGCUGUUCGAGUGCAAGAUAGAGGAUCUAAAAAUUUCCAGAAAUUUCUUCCUGACCCAGUUUGCGGAGGGUGAGAACCUGGAUACAGACGGGAUAUUAGAGAUGGACCUUGCCCAACUGUCCAUAGAACAGUCUGGUGGGGACCAGACUUCACCUAAAGGCAUACCAGCUCGGCCGAUGAGUGCAACCCACAGGGCAAUUCAGGACAAAGUGUUUUCCCUCGUCCAAGCAUCCAUACAGAGUGAAGAUGAAGAUAGUGACAUUUCUGACACUGGUCAGGAUCCAGAGGCUGACAGCGAGGAUACAGAUCUGCUGGAUAACAUGUUCUAUGAGGAAGAAAAUUGGGGGGACUACCUGCAGCUGGGUCCCCUGGAGCUAAAACUGCUAAAUGUUACGGGGACAUCAAUGCCGAUCCACAUGCCAGCCGUCCUCAAUGAUGAGGAGCUCCGGGCAAAGGAGUGUAACCCCGACACCUGGCCUGUCACACAGCCCAUGUUGAAAGACCUUGUCACCCCGCGCAGUGUGGCCACCUGAUCAACGAAUGGACAAUGGGAGAUUGUUUAUGUAUCAUUAUAAACUUGUCUGUUAUGUAUGAUAUUGAUGCCGUCCAAGAUGCGUUCUUGAGUGAUUACUGAUCACUAGUUACCAUAUGAAAUGUCUUUAAUAAUCCAAACCAACUUAUGCUAUUAAUUCAAGGAUGUUAUAUUUGAAAUGUAAUAUUGGGGAAAAAAUCCAUGAUUAUCCAUAUCUUUGUUUCUGUGUAACAAAUCUAGUUUUCUUCAGCACCAUGUAAUAUUAAACAUUUGUAAGAGUUUAACUAGGAGAAAUUAUUUCAACAAAACUGUUUGCAUUUAGUCAUUAUUGUUAUUUUUGAUGUGAUAUUUUUGUAAUUGAUGGUAAAUUGUUAAAAUACCUCUGUAAUUGUAAAGCACAUUGUAACACAAAUGACUUGUCUGUUUAAAUGCAUGUGAGCAUGAACAUGCAUUCAUUACAAAUAAAAUCAAUAUA